UACAUUUCAAUAUGGAUUUAAUGAAAACAAGACAUUUUAGCUUGGAUGAAGCAUCAAUGCGAAGUGGAGCUUUAGCAGCUAUGGAGGCAGAGCCAGACCUCAGUACGUUCGAGAACAAAUCCGGUCUCGCCGAAGAUAUGAAGUUUCUGGCGUCUAUGCCUGAAUUGUGUGACGUCACGUUUCUUGUUGGGGACACGAGAGAGCCAGUUUGCGCCGUCAAGGCUGUAUUGGCAGCUAGAAGCAGGGUUUUUCAAAAAAUGCUCUAUCAGGCGCCAAGUCCUCAACGAAAGAAGGAGUCGGCUCCGAGAGAGAACAAACUCAGGCUUUUCUUAAAACGAUCUUCGGAACCGCUUCUGAACCUUCAAAACGCCGCUCAGCAGCCGUCAUCUCAGCAACAUCAAACCUUGAUCAUUGAAGAAUUUGAACCAGACGUAUUUCGGCAACUCAUUGAAUACAUCCAUACUGGGUGUGUUACUUUGCAGCCUAGGACUUUGUUAGGUGUAAUGAACGCAGCUGACUACUACGGGUUGGACGAGCUCCGACGCGCUUGCGCGGGUUUCGUUCAAUGCUGCAUUACUGUUGAUACUGUAUGCGCCCUGCUGGCGUCUGCUGAGAGAUAUAUACAAUAUAAGUGUACCAAGUCUUUGGUACAAAAGGUUCUAGAGUUCGUGGACGAGCACGGCAACGAAGUUCUUAAUUUGGGAUCGUUUACCCUUUUGCCGCAACAUGUUGUGCGACUAAUUCUGGCUAGAGACGAACUUAAAGCUGAUGAAUUUACUAAAUUUCAAGCCGCCUUGAUGUGGAGUAAAAAAUACUUUGAUACAAAUCCAAACAUGGUCCUUAAGGACGUGAUCGGGAAUUUUCUGGAGUACAUCCAAUUUCAUAAGAUUCCUGCCAAUGUGCUGAUGCGGGAAGUGCAUCCACUCGGCUUGGUUCCAUACUCUAUCAUCAUGAAUGCGUUAGCAUAUCAGGCAGACCCGGCCAGCGUAGAUCCCGGUAAGCUGUCCCCCGCGAGGGUUCGCCGGGCCGGCCGGUCCAUGUCGGUGCAGUCGUCGCUGGACCCGUACGGCUCCAACACCACCCUCUCCUCCACCGGAUCCAGCGACGUUCCCUCUUCCGACUCACGGCACAACUAACGCGAGGGGAACGUCCCCUGUCCCGCGCCCGAUCCCACCCCCGGACCUUCC